AAAUGAGUCAUAGCAGCAGCUGUUUGUGGGUGUGACCCUUUACCUUGGUUACCUGCUUCAGGUGUGGCUCACACACAUUUCCCGAUUGUUAGAGAAGCAAAGCGUCGCAGGUUUUAGACAAACAUGGACUUUGAUCUGUCCUCAGCGUGUGAUCAAGAGGAGCAGGUGAAGAAGGACGAAGCCCAGAAAGAUGAGAUUAACUGGCCCUUUGGCAAAAACAAAGACGAGGACAAAAAGAGUGACGACAAGUCUGAUAGCAAAGACAAGGACAGCAAGGACAAGUCUGAUAGCAAAGACAAGCACAGCGAAGACAAGUCUGAUAGCAAAGACAAGAAGGACAAAAAGGACAAAUCUGACAAGGACAAAAAGGACAAAUCUGACAAGAAGGACAAAAAGGACAAAAAGGACAAGGAAAAAUCCAAAGAUAAAGGCAAAUCCAAGGACAAAGAGAGCCAUGAUGGUAAGAAGAAAAAGAAGGAAAAGAAAGAAGGAAAACAUGGACAUUCUUCGUCCAACAGUGAUGAGGACUGAUGCAGUCUCUCCAGUCUGGUCCAAUGGUGUUGGCGUCAUUGAGCUGUGCCACCUUUUAACAUUUUGUAAACAAGCCUGGUUCUUGAAAUAAAUGUGAUGACAAAUA